GUCCAAACCAGAAGGGAAACCUCUUUAAACCUCAGCCUCACAAAUCACUCUCUCUCUCCCUUGGCAUAUCCAUACGUUUCCAGCCUGCUGCAUCUGCAAUCUGAAUCCUUUCUUCGCUGUGUACAAUUUCUUUUGAUUGAAAUCUUCAAUUCUCAGCUCUUUCUUCAAAUUUGAUAUUCGAUUUUCAUUUCUUGAGUUCAUUAAUAUGAAGAAUUCACAUAUUGUGGAGAACAAAGAACACGAGGCUGUUAAUGGGUCUAUGCUAAGGGGGCCAGUUCUGCCUUCACUUGGUCAUUCGCAAAAGGAGCUUACUAUCCAGGAGGUUGAGCGAGGGCCGCCCCAUGAGGCUUUGUUUCUCGUCUUAGCUUACCUUCCUUUAUUUGAGCUGCUCAACAUGAGUGAAGUUUGCAGGUCACUGAGAGAUGCAGUGGACAAAGAUGUGUUGCUGUGGCUGGAUAUCAUCGUGGAAAAGCCUUUGAACAUGCUGUUUUCUGAUGAGAUUAUGAUCAAACUUACCUCGAAGGCGAAUGGUAGGUUGAGAACUUUGGCUCUGAUGAGCUGUACCAAGAUUACAGAUGAUGGACUUCAACAGGUUAUAGAGAAAAAUCCCCAUAUUAACAGGCUCUAUUUGCCAGCAUGCACUGGCCUAACUCCUGAGGGCAUCAUGAGAGCAGUGAAGACGCUAACCGAAAGUUAUCAAGCUUUAAAGUGUGUAAAGAUAAAUGGUGUCUACAACAUGAAGAAAGAACAUCUUGAAACACUUAGCUCCUACCUUCAAAUGAACCCAGCAAAGAUGGAGGGGCAAAUGCAGCAGCUUUGCUUCUUUCAUGACUAUAGAAACAUCUCAGUACUCAGAGUUGAAGAAAGUUAUCGCCCAAUUGACAUGGAAAUCUGCCCAAGGUGUAAUGAAGUAAGGAUGGUUUUUGAUUGCCCAAGGGAAACCUGCAAGAAGAAGAGGGAAAGGGCGAUGGCUGAAUGCAGGGGAUGCUACUUUUGCAUUCCAAGGUGUGAAGAGUGUGGCAAAUGCAUUGAAGUUGAAGAGCCUGGGGAGGUUGUUUGUGCAGAUGUCCUGUGUUCAGAUUGCUGGCUUCAGCUCCCUAAAUGCAAUUUCUGUAACAGGCCAUAUUGUAGCCGACAUGCCAAUCUGCAGCACAGCACUCCAGGUUCGACAGGUUUUAUUUGUUGCAUUUGUCAUGUAAAUUUCAUUGGAGAUUUCAUGUGAUUGAGUGGAAUGUCAGGCUAUAGGAUGAUGAAAGGUCAUAAGAAGGCUUGAAAUUUAUUCAACUUUCUAGGUUCUCAUUUCCAGAACUGAUAGGGCUCUGGAAUCAGCCAUUUUCAUUC